AUGCACAAAAUUAAGUGAGUGAGCUAGAGUAUAUAUUGUCAAGAUUAUUAUUGAGUUUUAAGAAAAUUAAUAGAGAGAAAUAUUUAUAUAUAUUUGAAUAAAUGGAGAAUAUUACUUGUGCUAAUAAUGUGUUAACACCAGGAUAUAGAUUUUAUCCAACUGAAGAAGAAUUGGUGGAAUUUUAUUUGAGAAAUAAACUUGAAGGAAAAAGAGUUGAUGACAUUCAACGUGUUAUACCAGUUAUUAAUAUUUAUCAAUACAAUCCAUCUCAACUCCCAGAAAUGGCAGGAGAAGUGAUCAAACAUGACAGUGAGCAAUGGUUUUUCUUCAUUCCAAUACAAGAUAGGGAGGCUAGAGGUGGAAGACCAACAAGACUAACAACACAUGGGUAUUGGAAAGCUACUGGUACACCUGGUUAUGUAUACUCAUCAUCAAAUAAUAGAAUUAUUGGAGGCAAAAGAACUAUGGUCUUCUAUAAAGGAAGAGCUCCAAAUGGAAAGAAAACACAAUGGAAGAUGAAUGAGUAUAAAGCUACUACUGAUGAUGAUGGAAAGUUGAGGCAUGAAUUCAGCUUGUGCAGAGUUUACAAGAAAUCAAAGUGUGUUAGGGCAUUUGAUAGAAGGCCAGCUGGUUCUGGAUUAUUAUUAUUAACCCCUCAUCAACCACUAAUUAAUAAUGUUGAUCAUAAUCAGGCUGAACCAUCAAAUAAUAAUAAUAAUAAUAAUAAUAAUAAUAAUAUAAUUGGAACAAGUUCAUCAUCAGGAGAACAUUUUGGUUAUAAUUAUCAAAAUAAUUCACAGCCAGUGGGAAAUUUCAAUGAUUUGUCUGAAACUCCCUUAUGGGAUUUUGAUGACUGGAAUUUUAUUUAUAUGUAUAAUUAGUUCAUCAUUAUUUAAAUAGGAUCAAUUAUGAUUUUUUCUACUUAUAAAUCAAGAGUAGAACAAUAUGGAACAUGUGUAAAUCCUAUGAGUUUAUGUUGUUGUUGUUUUUUUUACGAAUGACUUGAUGGAUUUAAUAGGGUUAAAUAUAUCCAUCAAUUCUUAUUAUAUUAUAUAAGAUCUCAAAGUUUAGAAAUUAAAUUGUACUCCUUUGUGAUAAUAAGAGAACUAGGUUUC